AUGCCUCUUCUAGGAGCUAUCGAGCCAUUAUCCAUUUAUAUUACUUUGGACACCCGUGCUAAGAAGGGGGAUUAUCACUGGGGUUUGAUCCUCACAGACGCCGCUACAAUACCUGUCCUCCAUGAUGCAUCUAACCGCGACGGUCCCUGGAUAUAUCGGGAGAAACGUGGCGAUCCCACCCAUUCCCUGACCCUAAUUGCCCUCAUACGGGUUGGCGAUGUCAGCAACCAUGCACAUGCUACUCAUCUCAUUCAAAGCUCGCCUGUAAAUGGAAGGCCUUCUCCACGAACUGGCGAGACAUUUACCUGCCGUACUUGGGUUAAUGAUACUCUUGUCGCGCUGCAUGAGAAUGGAGUGACUACACUGCCUGCUGAUAUUGAUACCAUCGAAAAGCAGGCUGUUGAUAUAGGACUCAAAUAUGCUUCCAUAAGUGAAGCAGGGGAAGGGGUAACAGUUGUCAAUGGACAGUUCUGA